CCGAUGUUGGAAACGUUCGCGAGCUGGCUGCUGGAUGACGGCGGCGACGGAGACGUCGACCCGAGCCUCCCUCCUGGCUCACCUCCAACCUACAAGUUCGAAGGACCAUGGUUCACCACGCAGGCCAUCCUGUCCACCACCAUUGGACUCCUCUCCUUCCUUAUCUUCUGCUUCUGCCGUAUGAGAUGGCCCAUCCUCUUUGCCCCGAGAACGAAACUCAAAGGAUUCUCGCCACAUGAGGCCCAUGCACACCAAGCGUUCUUUGGAUGGAUCAUACCUACCCUCAAAGUUUCGGAGUUUACUGUGCUUCAGAUUGUUGGCUUGGACGCUGCUGUCCUUCUCAAUUUCUUCAAGAUGUCUUUCUAUCUCUUCUCACUAUGCUCAUUCUUUUCUGUCGCCGUGUUAAUGCCUAUCAAUGUCAAGAAUAAUAUCGGCAUCGGUGACGAGCCCGACGACGAUUGGAGCAGUCUCGACGACCCAGGAACGGGCAAUCCCCCACCAACCAAACAACGCGACUGGCUCGACCUCAUCUCAGACGCCAACUCCUAUCUCUCCGUCCACCUGCUCUUCACAUACCUCAUCACCCUCAUCGCCCUCCGCUUCAUCUAUCAGAACUACCGUCGCUUCAUUCGCGCUCGCCAGCUGUUCUCCCUCGAAUUAGUCCACUCGAUCGCAGCCCGCACCGUCCUCGUCAGUGGACUUCCGCCCCACCUCCGCGGUGAACGCGCCCUGGCAGAGCAUUUCGAGAACAUGAAUCUCAGCGUGGAGAGUGUCAGCGUGACGAGAGAGGUUGGGAGUUUGAAGAGCUAUCUGGAUAAGAGGACAAAGGCGCUGAAGAAGCUGGAGAGUGCGUGGGUGGACUACGUGGGCAAUCCAAGCACGGUGGAAAGUUAUGAUCCAUCAGACCAGGCACUUUCGGGUGAGGCAGAUCCGGGCGUUGUUGAAUCGCAGUCGCAGUCAAACAAUGUCGUGGUGCCACACAAGAAAAGGCCCACAUUGAGGCCGGGUUGGUUCAGCAAGAAGGUGGACGCGAUUGAGUAUUUGGAAAGCGAGUUCCAGAAAGCGGACGAGCUAGUUAGAAGGAGACGGAGAACCGCGAAAUUGAAGGCAACAGAUUCUGCUUUUGUCACAUUUGAGAACAUGUCUAGCGCACAAAUUGCUGCCCAAACAGUCCACGCUUCGACCCCCUUCCAGUUAACGACCAAACUCGCCCCCGAACCGCGCGACAUAGUCUGGUCGAAUAUGACGCACUCUACCAACUCCAUUCGCGCUCGCGAACUCCUCGUUCUUACCUCGAUUGCCUUGCUCUUCUUCUUCUGGAUUAUCCCCAUUACCGGUCUCGCUGGGUUGUUGAGCUACAAGGAAAUCAAGAAGACGUGGCCCUGGCUGGGACGUGUCAUUGACAAGAACCCUCAGAUACAAGCUAUCGUGCAGAAUUCACUGCCUUCGGUGGCUAUGAUGGGGUUGAACGCAUUGGUCCCGUUUUUGCUUGAGGCUCUUACUUAUAUUCAAGGGUACAGAGCUCGGAGCUGGAUUGAAUUCUCGCUUAUGAAGAAAUACUUCCUCUUUCUUCUCGUCAACGUCGUCUUCAUCUUCCUCUUAGCCAGCACAUACUGGCAACUCGUCCGCGACCUUGCCAAUUCUCCAGCCAAGAUCCCAGAGAAGCUUGCGCAGGCACUUCAGAAGGGUCGUGCGAGGCAUUUCUUCCUGUCAUAUGUUAUUCUUCAAGGACUCGGCAUCAUGCCCCUUCAGCUCCUCAACUUGGGCGUCAUCAUUCCCCGCCUCUUCUUCCGCAUCUUCGUCACCCGCACACCUCGAGACUACGCCGAGCUCAACGCCCCGCCGAUGAUCAACUACGGCGUUGUCUACCCUCAAGCCAUACUCAUCUUCACCAUUACGCUGUUGUACAGUAUCGCACAACCCCUCAUACUGGUCUUCGGUGCGCUAUACUUUGGCAUCGCCUACGUCGUCUACAAAUAUAAACUCCUCUUCGUAUUCUACAAACCCUACGAAUCUCAAGGCGAAGCCUGGCCCAUCACCUUCACCCGUCUAAUCUGGGCCGUGAUCAUCUUCCUCGUCUUCAUGAUCGGCAACUUCAUCCUCAACCGGGGCUUCAUCCUCUCCUCGCUCGUCGUCCCGCUCCUGAUCUUCACCGUGGGCUGGAGCUGGUAUAUCGACCGGGAGUUCAGGCCGCUGAGCAAGUUUGUGAGCUUGAGCUCUGUGUUUGAGGUGCAGAGGGGUGAGGAGACGGAGGAUGUGGUGAGGCUGAGGAUGGGCCAUCCCGUUACGUGGUCACAGAGUAAUCUGAACCGCAGAAGAUAUGCACAAAAUGACGACACGCUAUAUGUCGCACCUGAAGACGACCGGACCGACUAUUCACAGCCACCUAUGGCAAAUUGGUAUAGCGGUGUCCUUAACACGGGCAAGAGACGAUACGGGCAUCCUGCGCUGACUGGUGUAUUACCCCAUCCUUGGCUACCACUGAAGAAAGGCGAAACGCUCAUCAACAGCCGCACCGGUGCCACCUCAAAUGGCAAUGGCACAAAAUCCGACCAGGCCGUCGUCCUCACUCUUCGCAAGCGGCAAAGUAUCGUUCGCAAGAGAGUGCAGAGCAUCGGAGCAGGAGGCCCAAAUCGACAAUCGUCUGCGCCUACGCAGCUGCAGACGGGAGACCUUCUUGGUCUCGCAGAUGGCGGACAGCAGCAGCAGACGACUGUCGGAGAUGCUUCGAGUGGUUCCGCAGGUGUUGCGGGCGAUGUAGCCCAUGAGGAUCCCUGGCGAGACGCUCGACCAGGACCAGCUCGCCGCGUGAAUACAGCUCCAAGUGCAGUUCACCAUCGUCUCAGCUUUGACUACGGUUCGGGUGUGAUAGUGCUGCCUGACGAUGGAGACUGGCUGGAGGAACUUGAAGAUGAAGAUUCAGAAGAGGAGGAUUACGGAGCAAGCGUCAGCUCGCCCGCCAUUAGCAGAGGCCCAUCCUCCGGUGGUGGUGGCGGAGGACCAUCGACACCAAGACCACCACUGAACGCGACAGCGUCAGAGGGAGCAGAUGUUGCCUCUUCAGCAGCGUCUGCCUCGGAGUCACACGAUCCAUCAUCUUCACCCUCGCGGUUGAGGUAUGGAACGUACUACCAUCACCCGGAGCGACGACGGCAGACCAUUCCGGGUGCUUUCCCGAGAUUGGCAUCUUAAUCAGUGACUCACCUUUCCUUUCCUUCAUACUUCGGGAUUCGGAGGUUAUAUAUGGAGAUCUAGGCCUGUUUGCUAUGCGUAUACCCGUCUUUUUGUAAUCUACUUAUGCCGAUAAUGAG